AUGUCAUCAACACGCAGCACCACCCUCCGAAACACAGCGCACUCGUUCUGCGCCGCCCUGAUCUCGCUCCCCCCUCCUUCCGAGCUCCUGUCUCAGUUCUUCAUUCAGCGACCCAAAAUCACAGAGCAUGGCCCAGAAUGGUCACGCUCGCGCUUACCCUUCCUGGCCAAGACCUUCGAAGGAAAAGAAGGGUGUGAGGAGUACUUCACGUUGAUGACUGAGGUGCUAGACAUGAGUUUGAGUGAGGAUGCGUUUCCUGGGAAAGAGGGAUUCAUUGUAGAUGCUGAGGCGGUGAUAGAUGGGAAAGGGAAUAGCAUUGGGAGUGGAACGGGACUGGUUAGUGUGGUAGGUAAAGGUCGGUUUACUAGCAAGAAGACGGGCAAAGGAUGGGACGAGCAGUUCAUCUACAGGUUUAGUGGGUUUGAUGACCAGGGUCUGAUUGGGCAUUGGGAGAUCUGGGCGGAUCCACUCAGCGCCUGGGAGGCGGUUGGGGCGUGA